AUGACGACUCUCACGAAGAACGACAUCGAGAUCGCUACACGAGCUGCCGAUCAGUUUACACGCCUCUAUUACUCAACAUACGACUCAGCAACUCGCGUGGACGACCUGCCCAACUUCUACCGUCCGUCGUCUGCGUUGACUUGGAAUGGAAGACCGUUUCAGGGCUCGGAAGGCGUGCGGAAGCUCAUCAGCGCAAUGCCCACGACCAAACACGAAAUACAGAGUUUCGAUUGCCACCCAAUUCCAGGCAGUCAACCUCCCAAUCUCCUCAUCACUGUCUCAGGCACUGUAACACAUGGCCGCGGGCCCGCCGGGAAUCCGCCCGCAACAUCGAGCAAGUCGGUCGACGGCCAGCCCCGAGUGUUCUCCCAAACCUUCAUGCUCGUCCCCGAUCCAACCGCACCACCGACAAAAGCGGGGGAAGUGGCAAAGUACUAUGUCAAUGCUGAUGCUCUGCGGUUUGUCGGAUGA